AUGGGUGUCGCUGCACCCGCACCUCCCUACUCCCACGGUGACGCUGCUCGAUUGGCAGCGCCAGCGCUGCCUCCUUGGCACGCAAUGCCCAGCAAUGUCGCACCAUCACAGAACAUGUUGCCACACAUUCCAAAGCUCAUUCCCCGUCGCCACACCCGGCUAAGAAUCCGCGCGCAAAGCGCCCUCAGCCCCCAGCUCUGCCAGCAGCCCACAACGCGGCGCCCCAUCAGACUCCGUCCUACUGUUCCCAGCAGAUCUCUCCUCGCGCGAGGGCCACCCGCUGUGGCCUCAAGUCCUCUUCAAGCCCCUUCUUUCCCUUCACCAGCCUUCAACCCAGCAACUCCUCCAUUUGGAUUCUUCAGGCGGGCUGGGUUGAUGACGACACAUGCCCACCUUGCCCGUCAUGGCAUGCACCGGAACAUCAAUUCCGCCAAUGGCCCGAAGCUAGAAGGGAAAGCACGUUGUGCUGCUGUUGCCACUGACGCAGCCACUGGCCUCGAGGAUGGUCCAACGCCGCUUCCCAGCAUGUCUGAGGUUCUGGUUCAGUACGACUGGAUGCUAGAUGCGCCCCUGGAGCAGCUCAUGUCCAGGGCCGCCGCUCUUCGUGACAGCAGCCGCCAUGGCGGCGUUGUGAGCUUCUCACCCAAGGUAUUCCUGCCGCUCACUCGUCUGUGUCGCGAUAGCUGCGGCUACUGCACCUUCGCGCAGCCACCUCGACCUGGACGUAGGGCCUACAUGACACUGGAGGAGGUGCUGCAGGUCGCUUCUCUGGGUGCCGCCGCGGGCUGCUCCGAGGCCCUGAUAACCCUGGGGGAUAAGCCCGAGGACCGCUGGGCGGAGGCGGUUUCGGAGCUUAGGGAAAUGGGGUACGGCAGUACACUGGAGUAUGUGGAAGCGGUGGCCAGGGCAGUUCUUCGUGAGACAGGUUUGCUGCCCCAUAUCAAUGCGGGGGUGAUGGGGGAGGAGGAGAUUAGGAGGCUCAAGAAGGUAUCCGCCAGUCAGGGCCUUAUGCUUGAGAGCACCUCCCUGGAGCUUAUGAAACCUGGGGCGCCCCACCAUAACUGCCCGGACAAGCACCCAGCGGUACGACUGGCGACCAUUGAGGCGGCGGGACGAGCGGCGGUGCCGUACACGUCAGGCAUCCUGGUGGGUAUUGGGGACACCCGUGCUGACCGGCUUCACGCACUGGCAUGUCUAUAUCGCCUGCAUGAGCGCUACGGCCAUAUACAGGAGCUCAUCAUUCAGAACUUCCGCGCCCAGCCCUCCACCUCCAUGUGCUCUCACCCCGAGCCCCCCCUGGAGGAGCUGCUGUGGGGGGUGGCGGUGGCCAGAAUUAUGUUUGGACCGCACAUGAACAUACAGGUCGCGGAGGGGAUGGGGGUGGGGCCCGAGGAACGGUGGGGCGAGGGAUGGGAGGGUGGAUGGGGGGAGAGCUGGGCACCCCCCAAUUUGACGCCUCUGGAGUCCCUCACCCCCCCUGCCCCUGCUGCUGCCCCUGGCCCUGUUAGUGCUUCUAAUGCGGGUGGAAGCAGCGGUAGCAAUACUGACGGUAGUGGUGGUGGUGAUGGCAGUGUUGUUCCCCAGUCCCAGUCCCAGUCCCAGCUAUUGGAGUCCCUACAGGGCGGCUGGAGGGCUCUGUUGAAUGCGGGAAUAAAUGACUGGGGCGGUAUCUCCCCCAUCACUCGGGACUUCAUCAACCCCGACAAGCCCUGGCCGCACCUGGCACACCUGGCCGCUACAACCGCAUCAGCCGCCAAGACGCUGCUGCCCAGACUGCCCAUCUACCCGGGCUACCUAGGACUGCUGCCUGGGGGAGGAGGAGGAGGAGGAGGGGACCCUGGGAACGGGCGUGGAGCUGUGGUCUUGGAGCAAGAAGGAGAGGGGGAGAGGGAGAGGGAGGGGGGAGGAGGGCGCUCCUUGUCCUGGCUUGACUUCAGCGGCGGGCGGGAGAGUGUGGGUGCGGCCGUGUUUCGGAGCUCCGACUCGGAGGGCUUUCUGCGAGCCAGUGACUGGGUGGCGGGGCAGGUGGAAGGGGGCCCGCAGGGGGGCUCGAGGACGGGGCCCGGGGUGGAGGCGUUGGAGAUGGGGUUGGGGAGUGGGAUAGGGCGGCCGGGGCUGGUGAAAGGGGGGGAACUGGGCAGCGGGAGGAGGGAGCUGCAGACGGAUGCUGGUCAACAUCGACGACAGCAGCACCAGCAGCAGAAGUCGGCUUUUUCUCCUGCCGUUGCACCUGCUACAGUCCCUGUUCUGGGCGCUGCUACCGAUCCCCCUACUGCCCCGGCGGACGCGGGUUUUGGCCGGGCGGUGGUCGCGGGGGCGGCCGGGUCGCGCCCUGCUGUGCCCCUGCCGCGAGGGCGUACUGGUGGUGGUACUGGCGGUGGCGGCGCUCGGUGGCGUGUGGCUGUGGGGAUGGAUGGAUCGCUCCAGGGAGCACCCAGACCUGCCGAUCCGUCCCCCCGUGUGGUCAGGCUGUUGGAAGGGGUAUUGUCGGGGGGUCGGCCCCUGCAGCUGGGGGAGAUAGAGCUGCUGCUUAGAAGCCGGGGAGCAGACCACGAGGCCGUGUGUACGGCCGCAGACGAGCUGCGGCGCCGUACAUGCGGUGACACGGUGUCGUACGUGGUCAACCGCAAUAUCAACUACACCAACGUGUGCACGUACAAGUGCUCGUUCUGUGCUUUCUCCAAGGGCCGUACGGCAGAGGAGCUACGGGGUCCCGCAUACGUGGUGCCGUACGACGAGAUUGCCAGACGUACAGCGGAGGCCUGGGACAGAGGCGCAACGGAGGCAUCCUCCCGCCCCAACUAUAAACACCCACCCGCACAGCCCACCCACACCCACCAAAGCAUGACACGCCCGGUCUGCAUGCAGGGCGGCAUACACCCCGAGUUCUCCGGCGCCACCUACCUGGCCAUACUGUCCGCCGCCAAGUCCGCCGCCCCGCACAUGCACGUACAUGCAUUCAGUCCGCUGGAGGUGCACCACGGGGCCACCAGCAUGGGACUCACAUAUGAAAGUUACCUGGAGCGGUUGGCGGUUGCCGGGUUGGGCAGUUUGCCUGGUACCGCUGCUGAGGUGCUGCAUGACUCCGUGCGGGGUGUGCUCUGCCCGGAUAAGAUUGACACGGCCACCUGGGUCAAGGUGGUGAGUGCGGCGCACCGUGUGGGUCUCCGCACCACCUCCACCCUCAUGUUCGGCAGUGUGGAGGAGGGGCCGUUAGCCUGGGCACAACACCUGGUCACGCUGAGGGAGGUGCAGCAGCGGGCGCAGGCGGCAGUGGGGGAGGGAGCAGCAGGAAGGGGAGGGGGAGGGGUGGGUUUCACGGAGUUCGUGCCGCUGCCGUUUGUACACAUGGAGGCGCCCGUGUACCUUCAGGGUCGAGCCCGCCGCGGUCCCUCCCUCCACGAGGGGGUGCUGCUCCACGCCGUAGCCCGUCUGGCCCUGCAUCCCCUCAUCCCCCACAUCCAAGCCUCCUGGGUGAAGAUGGGCCCCUCCAGGGCGGCCGAGCUACUGGGGGUGGGGUGUGAUGACAUGGGGGGCUCCAUCAUGAACGAGUCCAUCACCAGGGCUGCGGGCGCUACUCACGGACAGGAGCUGGCACCGCUGAAGAUGGAGGAGAUUAUUCGGGGCGCCGGCCGACAGCCGCGACAGCGGACGACGCUGUACGGCACGCCGCCGGCCGAGCAAACUGCUAGGUCAUACAUGUUUUGUGAAACUAAGCCGCGUGGACUUGGCGUGAAGGCCACUAGGGAUGAUGGCAGGCCGUAG